AUGCGUGAAUUAUCAAAAAAUCAGCGUAUCAUUGCAGAAAAAAUCAUCAAUGAUACCCUAUUUGAAGGCGAGUUGGGUAACUUGACUUUGUCCCAUAAGUUGUGUAAUGAUAAUCAUACGCAACAGUUUACUUUAGGUCAACAGCCACAAUAUUCAGAUUCUCCAAUUGCUUGGUCUACAUCAUCGAAUUGUACAUAUUCAUCAUCAUCUCCUGUUCCUCCUGUUCCUGCUACAAAUUCAAGACAAGCCAUUGUUAUCACACAGCAGCCCUUGGAAGUAGAAGAACAACAGGGAUCUAAUUCUGUUCAACUUUCCAUUCCAGAUUUAAAUGCAGCUACUUAUUUCACUAAUUUCCAAAAUAUGUAA